AUGGCGGGCGAAGUGCGGCAACCUAUUGAUCUGAAGGCGCUGGAGAAGUGGAUUGACAGCAAUGUCAAGGAGAUCAAGACCCCGCUUGACCUCAAGCAGUUUGGCUUCGGGCAGUCGAAUCCCACAUACCAGCUCACAGAUGCGACCGGCCAGAAGUUUGUUAUGCGAAAGAAGCCACCAGGGCAACUUCUCUCAAAAACUGCACAUCAAGUAGAUCGAGAAUUCAGGAUAAUAGCUGCCCUCGGCCAGACAGAUGUCCCGGUGCCCAAAGCGUAUUGCCUGUGUGAAGACGACAGUAUAGUCGGAACGGCAUUCUACAUCAUGGAGUUUCUAGACGGCCGCUUUAUCACAGACCCUUCGUUCCCCGGAUGGUCUCCAGAAGACCGAAAAGCAGGCUGGAGAUCAGCAAUAGAUACCCUCGCCAAGUUCCACCGCGUUGACUACGAGAAGAUCGGCCUCUCCAGCUUCGGCCGCCACUUCGGCUUUUACGACCGCCAGAUCAAGACCUUCACCACCAUAUCCGCUAACCAGGCGAAGUCAGAAGACGUGGACACAAAGAAGCCCGUUGGCGAUAUACCGCAUUUCCGCGAAAUGACAGAGUUCUUCAAGGACAAGAAGAAGCAGCCUAAAGAUCGCUCGACGCUGAUCCAUGGCGAUUAUAAGAUCGACAAUCUGGUCUUCCACAAGACCGAGCCUCGAGUGAUCGGCAUACUCGAUUGGGAAAUGGCGACGAUCGGACAUCCGCUGUCGGACCUGGUCAACUUGACCGGGCCGUGGACCUGGACCAGCAAGAGCACGCCCGCGCCCGGCAAGGCAGGUCAGAGCACGACCAAGGUCAACGAAUUCGACGAAGGUGUGACGCCUGGCCUGCCGACGCUGCAGGAAGUGGUCAACUGGUAUAUCUCGGACAGCGGCUACGAUGCCGCGCCAGAGCUGAAAUGGGGCAACGCCUUUGGCGCGUUCCGGAACUCCGUCAUCAUGCAAGGUAUUGCGGCGCGAUACGCCCGGCGGCAGGCCAGCGGGACAACAGCGAAGAAUUAUGGUGAGCAGAUGGUGCCAUACGGGCAAUAUGCCUUUGGUCAGGUCCAGGCGCUGCAGCAGACGACAGAUGGGAAGACGAAAGCAAAGCUAUAG